AUGAACGACGCGCAGCAGGACAUGUCCCCGGACUUUGUCCUCAUGAGGCUCGUGUCCGCGGCGGAGUUCGACCGGCUGGAGGAGCCCGACGACCUGAUGUCCGGAAGCGGCGGGUUCGGGCCCGUUAAAGCGGCGCUGGGACACCACGGUGGCCCCUCGGCAGGCCUCGGCUCUGUCUCCCCGCACUACAGCUCGCCGCUCCCCGGAAAAGGCGAGCUGGACGGCGGGUUGGUCUUGACUCAGGCUCCGCUGUCUCCUCCUCCGCCGGAAGCCGUAGCGACGCAGAGGUUCGUGGACUUCCCGGUGCAGCACGGAUUGGGGGGGCAGCUUAUGGUGUUUCAGAACCUGCUGCGGUCAGGAGACCGGAUCCUGGAGUGCGGGCUGGAGCAGCCGUCACCGAGGUUCCUGCAGGAGGAGGCGGAGAGACAGCAUCUCGAGUCCGGAUCAGGAACCGGUCCCGGUAGCACAACAGCCGGCCCUGGGCCCGGAGGGGGUAAAGACCAGAAUUCACACUGUAUCCCGUCCACAGAGGAGAACCUGCAGCUCCUCCAGUGGCACCCGGUCCUCAGACUGUCCAAAGGGUCAGAUGGGAGUCCUCAGCGGGGCGUCCCGGCUCUGGACUCUGAGCCCGGGUCAGUCCUGUGCCAUCGACACCGCCUGCUGACAGACGCAUUCGCUAAAUGGCCCCCAGGCCUGCUGGAUCAAGCCUUGCGUCUGGGGCUGCUGGAUCCCAGGAAAAUGUGCUCCAACGGGGGGAGGGACCCUGUCCUGGCUCUGGCCCGAAGGCUGGGUCAGCUGGGUGAGGGUAGGGAGGGUGGUGGAGGAGAGGACAUGGUGCCUCCACUAACUCGCUGCUCCUGUCACGGUGUCCUGGACUCGGGUUCGGCCGGCAUCGGGCCCGGCGAGGACCCGAGGGACACCAGCGACGCCCUGCUGGUCCUUGAAGGUCUGGGGUCUGGGGAGAUGGGGGGGCUGGGAGGGGGUGGUGAGAAAGGAGAGAUGGUGGGGGGGCUGGUUGGUGGUGGGAUGCCUGGGGGGGCGGGGCCUGUGUUCUCGGGUGGGACUCUGAGUGGUCUGAUGCGGCAGGUCCACAGACUGGCGGAGGAGGCGGGGGUCUGCACCGAUCAGAGCUGCCGGUCCACAGCGGACAUCAGCACCACUGACCCCCCCUGUCCAUACCCCCCCUGUCCAUACCCCCCCAGCCUCCCACAGGCCCAUGCAACCCCUGGGGGUCUCCAAGUCUGGCUUGAGCCACUCCUGGCCACCAGCCCUGAACCAAACCAGCGGCCACAGCAUCAGCAUCAAUCCCGCUCCCAGCCCCAGAGCCGCUCUGCCACCCCCAAACUCGGCGUGGCCUCGGGGGGGGUGGGUCGAUCUGCCUCCCCUUUAGUGGUCCUGAAGGGGGAGGGGGGAGGAGGAGUAAGAGAGGGGGAGAAGACAUCGCGGAGCAAGUCAAGAAAAGGGGGGUCGCUGAAGGUCCGGCUCAGCAAACUGUUUAGAACCAAGAGUUCCAACGGGGGGUCGGGGGGGCUGCUGGACAAGAGGCUUUCGCUGGCCUCGUCCACCUCGUCCGGGGGGAGUCUGCUGGACGUGUGGGGGUCCACCUGCAGCUCGGAGCAGGACCACAGGCUGCAGGUGUCCAGACCUCCCAGUGCCUUCUCUCCAGUGACCUUCACUCCUGCGUUCACUGGUGAGACAGUGUCUCUAGUCGAUGUGGACAUUUCUCGGAGAGGUGGAAACUGUCUUCAUCCCCCAACUCCCCCACCCCCACCCAGACGGAGCCUCAGUCUGCUCGAUGAUUUCGGCGGUCCUCCUCAACAGGGGACACUCACCGAGCAAAGUGUGGGGACGUCAAUGCAAUCUCUUCCCCCCCGACCGCUGGCCCUGCCCCCCUCCCUCAGCACCAUCCAGCACAGCCUGAGCCUCAAUGACUCUUUCCUUCGAGGUUUACCACGGCCCGUCCCCCUGCGUCCCGACAGGCAGCACCCCCCCCCGCGCCUCACCCCCCGCUGCCCCCUCAGUCGACCUGACGCCAGCCGCUUCGCCACCAGCCUCAGAGAACUGGAGAAGUGCGGUUGGUACUGGGGGCCAAUGAACUGGGAGGAUGCAGAGAUGAAGCUGAAGGGGAAAGCUGACGGAUCCUUUCUGGUUCGAGACAGUUCAGACCCUCGAUACAUCCUGAGUCUGAGCUUCAGGUCGCAGGGAGUCACACACCACACACGCAUGGAGCACUACAGAGGAACCUUCAGUCUGUGGUGUCAUCCUAAGUUUGAGGAUCGUUGUCACUCUGUGGUUGAGUUCAUAGAAAGAGCCAUCAUGCACUCCAAGAACGGGAAGUUCCUCUACUUCCUGCGCUCCAGAGUCCCUGGUCUGCCCCCGACUCCGGUCCAGCUCUUGUCUCCAGUCUCCAGGUUCAGCAGCGUGAAGUCUUUGCAGCAUCUCUGUCGCUUCUGCGUCCGGCAGCUGGUUCGCAUCGACCACGUCCCGGAGCUGCCGCUGCCCACGCCUCUGAUCGUCUACCUGAAGAAGUUUUACUACUACGACCCCGAGGAGGAGAUCCGCCCCACACUGACGGAGAGGAGUCCUGACUGCAGCAGCCAGACGGGGGCGGUAGAGUCCCAAACGUAGACCUGCAGCCUGAGACCAUUUUCUUUCCUUUGUGUUUUUCUUUUUCUGCGGACGCUGAUCGGCUCCUUGAAAGACGUCCAGACCGUCUCCUGGACUCCCUGAAAGACGUCCAGACCGUCUCCUGGACUCCCUGAAAGACGUCCAGACCGUCUGCUGGACUCCCUGAAAGACGUCCAGACCGUCUCCUGGACUCCCUGAAAGACGUCCAGACCGUCUCCUGGACUCCCUGAAAGACGUCCAGACCGUCUGCUGGACUCCCUGAAAGACGUCCAGACCGUCUGCUGGACUCCCUGAAAGACGUCCAGACCGUCUGCUGGACUCCCUGAAAGACGUCCAGACCGUCUCCUGGACUCCUUGAAAGACGUCCAGACCGUCUGCUGGACUCGCUGAAAGACGUCCAGACCGUCUGCUGGACUCCCUGAAAGACGUCCAGACCGUCUGCUGGACUCCCUGAAAGACGUCCAGACUGUCUGCUGGACUCGCUGAAAGACGUCCAGACCGUCUGCUGGACUCCCUGAAAGACGUCCAGACCGUCUGCUGGACUCGCUGAAAGACGUCCAGACCGUCUGCUGGACUCCCUGAAAGACGUCCAGACCGUCUGCUGGACUCCCUGAAAGACGUCCAGACCGUCUGCUGGACUCCCUGAAAGACGUCCAGACCGUCUGCUGGACUCCCUGAAAGACGUCCAGACCGUCUCCUGGACUCCUUGAAAGACGUCCAGACCGUCUGCUGGACUCGCUGAAAGACGUCCAGACCGUCUGCUGGACUCGCUGACCGCAGCCAGUCAGCUUCCUGUGCUCAGUCCUCCUGCGGGCUCUCUGAUUGGCUCACGAGCAGCGGUUGGGGACGGACAGGGGAUGUGGAGACUCUCCCUCUCGGUGAUGUCCUCACUGGGCAGCUGGACUAAAGAAAGCUCAGUGUGAGGUCAUCACGGUGGAGACGGAGGAUUAGAGCUUUGAGAAAAUAAGAACAUUAAUAUUAUGAAUAAAACUGCGGAGGUCAAACCUCGUGUUCUCUCAGGUUUGAUUUUUCUUCAUUUUCUCUUUAAUCUGAAGUUAUCUUUCGAUAAAUAAAAACAUAACCCUCACAUUUGAUUGGCUCUAAUCCUCCGUCAUUGCUCCAACAAAGAUCUUCCAGCAGUUUUGUACGUUCAGCAGCACUGGAGCCAAAGAGCCGGACCACCGUAGAAAUGUCUCAAAGGUUAAACCGGGAACAUAUCUCAAACCUAAUGUAAAAUGAUUUCAGCAGCAAUGUUUUAAAGUUGUGAUGUUCCGUCUCAUCUGUCAAUCAUCACGUCUCAGCCUGUUUGUAUAUCAUCAAAUAACUGAUUCAAACCAAACUGACCAGAAGAACGCUCACAUCAGUGAGAUGAGAACGACCUGAAACCUCUUAAACAUUCAUUCAACUUCUACUUCGAGUUUUUGUUUGGCCCAUGUCCCACCAGCGAACAUGGAGGAGGAGAGGGUUAACCCGAACCUGACCAAUCACAGCAGCCAAGGUUUAAGACGUCAACAUAUAACGACACAAACAAAAACUUCUUUGAUUCACUUUGUCGUGAUUUAAAAAUCAGGAAUAAAGUCGUCAACUAUAAAAACA